CUGCUGCUGCCUGUUGCUGAGUGGAAGAGAGCAGAAAACCCUGGAUUCAAACCUCUAUUGGGUUUUUGUUUUGCUUGUUUUCUUUUUCAUUUUGCCUUAAGAAGAUGAACAAUGAAACCACAACCCUGAUAUCCUUAAAGGAGGCAAUGAAAAGGUUGCUAAUGGCUACAGGGAGGGAGCAAGCAUGGGUCUGCUUUUCUGGGAAGAUGAAGUAGACCACAAACUCCAAGCAUUAGAAGCACAGUUUAAAGAACUGGACUUCACCAAGGAUAAUCUGACACAGAAAUUUGAACAUCAUAGCAAGACUCUGGCAAACCAAGCUGCCCAAGAUGAGCUGUGGACAGCAGUUCUGUCAUUCAAGUUCACUCCAAUGGAACUGAAUAUUUUAUACAGCUACGUCAUUGAAGUACUCAUCCGCUUGCACACUCGUGUGCUUGAGAAGCUUCCAGAUCUGAUGAGAGGUCUUCCCACCUUAGCCUCCAUCCUUAGACGAAAAGUCAAGAACAAGCGCAUUAGAGUUGUAUGGGAGUCUGUUCUGGAGGAGCAUGGGAUGCAAGAAGGAGAUAUCACAGCACUGUGUACCUUCUUUGUAGCACAUGGUAACAAGGCCGAACACUACAUUGCUAAAGUAAGGCAAAUGUAUAUAAAAGAUGUCAAUUUCAUGAUCACUAAUAUGGUAAAGAACCAGGCUCUGCAGGAUGGUUUGCUAAAGGCUGUUCAGGUCAUUGAGAAGGGAAAAGCAGUGAGGGCCUCUGAAGAGCAAAAGUCAUCCCUAGAAGAGUUGAUACCAUCAGCCAAAAGCUAACCUGUUACCCUAGACCCAGAGAUUAUGCUUCUAGUAAUUUAUCUUGCAAAUGGGGAAAAAAUACAUACAUGCAACUUAUUACAG